AUUCCCCCCCCCCCCCCCCCCUCUUCCCCCCCCCCCCCCCCUUUUCCUUCCCCCCCCCCCCCCGCCCCCCACCCCGACCGCGAGCGAGGAGACCGACCGAGCUAUCUAGGGUUCGCGCCUCCCCGCCGGUCGCCGCCCGCCCGCCGAUCCUCUCCCCGCCGCCGCCCCAGAGGAUCCAGGCCGCCCACGCCCGCUCCGGAUCCGCGCCCCUCGACCUCGGGCCCCGCCCCCGGGCCGCCGGAAGAUGAUAAACCUUUUUAAGAUCAAGGGGCAGAAGAAGGAAGAGGCGGCCAACUCAAAUGGGGGGCCUCCUGUUAAGAAGCAAAGUCCAGGGGAAUUACGUCUCCAUAAAGAUAUUGCUGAGCUUAACCUACCAAAGACAACUAAAAUUUCCUUCCCAAACGGAAAGGAUGAUCUCAUGAACUUUGAAGCUACUCUACGACCUGACGAAGGAUACUAUCUAGGUGGGUCAUUCACUUUCACCUUCCAAGUUUCUCCUGCCUACCCUCAUGAGGCACCGAAGGUCAAGUGCAAGACUAAGGUUUACCAUCCCAAUAUUGACCUAGAAGGAAAUGUCUGCCUGAACAUUCUGCGUGAAGACUGGAAGCCCGUCUUGAAUAUCAACACCAUAAUAUAUGGUUUAAACCUUCUUUUCUCGCAACCCAAUGACGAGGACCCAUUGAAUCAUGAAGCCGCGGCCGUCCUCCGAGACAACCCGCAGAAGUUCCAGAGAAACGUCCAAAUGGCGAUGUCGGGAGGCUAUGUCGAUAACACCCAUUUCCCAAGGGGGGGGGGGGGGGGGGGGGGGGGGGGGCCCUGCUACGUGCUUUGCUUCUGGCUUGCGCCCCCUACCCUAGCCCCGAAUGCCAACCAUUGCACAAUCUGAAGAAAUGCGGGCGGCAUACCCAGGAAAUGUAUCUAUCAUACUUGUUUGUGUCAAGAAGAUGUGACUGUUAUUGUGCUUGUUUGGUGGAUGUUCUGGAAUUGUCGUGUAACAUGAAGAAACGUGGUGACAUUAUGCAGCGAAGCGAAACUCGCCUGUAUCGAGCUGAAAAGUAAGUCAGGGGUGUGGAUGUGUCGAACUGAAUUAUGUUGACCCAACAAAGAAAUCACCUACGCAGGUCUUGUAUCUA